AUAAAAUCUAUUUAAUCCAUUGAAAUCAAGAAGCGGCGGCUGUUCCGAUCAAGACCAGCAACUAACUCGGGAAGCUUCCUCCGGUCCCCAAUUUCCCGGUCGCGAUACCAAUCACCGGCGACGGGUCGUUCGAGAGGCUAACGCUUGGAUCGCCGACGAGCACACCAAAUUUAAAACCCAAUAAGCAGCUGGUUCGUCCGAUUCCGAUCCCGCCCUCUUCCAAAAUGGCUGAUCUCAAUUGGAAGCAGAGGAUGAUGAGUAGUAGUAGCCUUUCCUUGGACGUGCUACUCGGAACUGCCGUUUGACGAUGAGAGUUGAGACGAAAGACAGAUGUAAAAUUAAACUGGUACGAGAACCGGCGAGAAUGGAACCGGAGCAGAAGAAAAGAAAGUUCAAGCCGCCGCCGCACAAGUCGAAGUGGACCAAAAAAUGCGGUGUCUUCCCGAUGAUGACCUCGGUGCCGCCUCCCCCUGUUGUCAGCUUAGCAAUUGGGGGAAUUAGCUGGGAUUCCGGCCUGCCAUCAAUGAAUAUCUCGCCGUCCCACCACUCCGCAAACAUGCAAAGAGCCAUUGUUACUCUGCUGGUGUGA